UUCCCCUAUAUAAACCUCUCGAACCGUCGAGUGUGCCCGUCUGUUUGUUUGCUGGGAAACCUCAAGAAAUCAGAGUUGAAAAUUUACGGUAUACAAGAGAGGCAAAAAUGAGUAGCCGUUCUAGCCGCACUGUCUAUGUUGGCAAUCUUCCUGGUGAUAUUCGUGAGAGAGAAGUAGAAGAUCUGUUUUACAAGUAUGGGCCUAUUGUUGACAUUGAUUUGAAGAUCCCUCCAAGACCACCAGGCUAUGCUUUUGUUGAGUUCGAAGAUGCUCGUGAUGCUGAAGAUGCUAUUUAUGGUCGGGAUGGGUAUAAUUUUGAUGGACAUCGACUGCGAGUCGAACUUGCUCAUGGUGGGAGAGGACAAUCAUCAUCAGUGGACCACUAUAGCAGUUACAGUAGCAGUAGCCGUGGUGGACUUUCACGGCACUCUGAAUAUCGAGUAUUGGUUACUGGAUUACCUUAUUCUGCUUCCUGGCAAGAUCUAAAGGACCAUAUGCGUCGAGCUGGGGAUGUUUGUUUCUCCCAAGUGUUCCGUGGUCGCGGUGGGAUGACUGGAAUUGUGGAUUAUACAAACUAUGAUGACAUGAAAUAUGCUAUAAGGAAGCUUGAUGACUCUCUGUUUAAGAAUCAAUUUUCUCGGGCUUAUAUACGGGUGAGGGAGUAUGAACCUAGAAGCUUCUCUCGAAGUCCCAGUCGUAGCCCAUCUGUGUCAAGAAGCAGAAGCCCCCGUCGCAGUCGUAGCUAUAGUUAUUCAAAUCAUUCAUCAGGCAGAUCUCGUUCGAGGUCUGUUUCUUCACAGGCACGCUCGAGAUCAGUUUCAAGGUCCAGAUCUCCCUUAAUAUCUCCUCGUCGUCACAAGCGGGUGAGCAGAAGCCCAAGGAAAUACAGGAGCCCAAGCAGGAGCUUAUCUGGAUCUCGUUCACCCUCGCGGAGUUCUUACAGGAGCAGAUCAGCUGACUCGAGGAGCGAUUGAUGGGAGAGUAAGGUAUCCAGAGUGUUGUACGAUGAACAGGACAACUAUAACAAAUAGACUCGAACAACUAGGCUCAACAUAUGCCUUUGAAUUUGGAUAAAUUAUAGACUCCUUAAUGGUGAUAUAAACUGAUGUAAUAAAAUUUAGGCACAUGCUUAGGUUGUCAGCUAAUACACCUGCUCCAGGGAUUCUUUGCUUGGUUUGAGUUAUUGCAACCCUCUUUUCGUGCUGGUAUUCUCUCAAAGUUAACAAAUUAAGAUUUUA